CAGCGUGUGAUCAUGGAUUUUAUGGUGAUUUCUGCAACCAGACGUGCCCAGACAAUUGCAAAAAUAGAACCUGCAACAAACAAAACGGACAAUGUAUUGCGUGUGAUCAUGGAUUUUAUGGUAAUUUCUGCAACCAGACUUGCCCAGAAAAUUGCAAAAACAGAACCUGCAGCACACAAAACGGACAAUGUACUGCGUGUGAUCAUGGAUUUUAUGGUAAUUUCUGCAACCAGACUUGCCCAGAAAAUUGCAAAAACAGAACCUGCAGCACACAAAACGGACAAUGUACUGAAUGUGAUCCAGGAUUUCACGGCAGUGUCUGUAAUAAAGCGUGUCCUACUAACUGUAAAAACAACGUUUGCAGCAUGCAAGUCGGACAAUGCAUAGAAACGGAAGCAUUAACAAGCGAACCUGAUAGCCAAGUUGGAACAUUUGCCGGGGUUGGUGUAGGAGCAUUUAUUCUCAUAGCUGUUGUUAUAGUAGUGAGUGUCGUUGUUUUGAAAAGACGGAAGUCAAAACCUGCGAUAAAGACGAAUGCACACUUUAAUGACGAUUUAGAAACAACAUUGCCCCUGCCUCCUGAAAGACAAAAGCCCAAUAGCAAAGGCCACGCCUCAUCAGGGAGAUCGUUCCCUGUGGCGGAUGAUGGAAACAAUUACAUCAAUGUGCGUGACGUCAAGAGGGAAGAGGUGGUAUAUAGCAAUACAGAAAAUGCGGUCGGGGUCUCUAUUGACGAAAUCCGGGAGAUGAUUCCAAAAAAGAUGGAAAAUGAAGGAGAGGAAUUUGAGAAUGAAUUCAAGUUGUUACCAUGGGGAGCAGUUCAUCCGCAUCUGGAAGCUACCAAAUCUUCAAAUAAGGCAAAGAACAGAUUCAAAACAACAUUUCCAUAUGACCAUUCCCGUGUUGUACUCGAUAAAAUAGGGAAUGAUCCUGACUCUACCUACAUUAACGCCAAUUACAUUGAUAGUAUCGACGCCAACAACGUCUAUGUCGCAUGUCAAGGACCAAAGAAAAACACCGUAGAUGAUUUUUGGAGAAUGGUUUGGCAGCUAAACACUGGGAAAAUCGUCAUGGUAACACAUCUUGUCGAGGGUGGAAAUGUUAAAUGUCACCAAUACUGGCCUGACGAAGGAGACCCUCUAACAACGAAGCAUUUUAACAUCACACUUAAUCAAGAGAGGACGUAUGCAUUUUAUGUGUUACGGGAGAUAUCUCUGAGUCGAAAGAAGACAAAAGAAGAACGCCAGGUGCAUCAGUUUCAUUUCACAGCGUGGCCAGAUCAUGGCACUCCAAAUAACCUUGAACUGGUUCUAUUCCACCGCCGUGUGACGUCAUAUACGACACAUCUGUCUGGUCAGAUGAUUGUACACUGCAGUGCUGGACUGGGCAGGACUGGGACCUUCAUAGGACUUGAUGCACUUUUGAAGGAGGAAAGGAAGUUUGGUCGAGUGGAUAUUCCGCGGUACAUUAUGACGAUGAGGAAGGACCGAAUGAAUAUGGUUCAGACUUAUGAACAGUAUAUCGCCCUACACGAGUUACUUGUCGAGGCAGCAGAUCUGACGGAUACAUUGAUUUCCAGUACAGAAUUCCCUGACACUCUCAGCAACAUACUGCCUACAGGGAAACCAACAAACCAAACAAAAGUGCGAAAAGAAUUUGAACAACUACUGACGCUGAUUCCAAAUUAUGACUCUAGCAACUACAAAGCAGGAAUGAUGGCCGAAAACAGAGACAAAAACAGAACCAUGUCUAAUGUUGCUGUUGAAACGUUUCGAGCUUUUCUGCGGUCCCAAGCAAGCGGGAGGACUGACUAUAUCAACGCGGUCAUGUUACAGUCACACAGGUCGAAAUCCGGGUACCUGAUGACACAGUUCCCGUUGGCCGAUACGAUCGACGAUUUCUGGACGAUGGUGACGGACUACAACUGUGAGAAUAUCGUCGUUCUUGGUAAACCAACGGAGCACUGGCUUCGUGAUGACAGCGAGACAAAUAGUGACCGUGAGAUAUAUGUUAAGAAGCAGAAAGAUAUAGAGGUCAUUCCCGACGUGGAUAUUGUCGACUAUUUGGUUAAAAGAAAGAUAUCCAGUGGUGACAGUGUAAGGAUCUUUACAAUAAAGCAGUGGUCACCGGACGCUUUGCUGCCCCCCUCCGACUUGUCACUCCUACAACUCUUGGAGCAGCUUGACAGUCGACGGCGGUCAGAUAUCAACAAACCUGUGGUCGUCAUGUGUCAGAAUGGGUGUACACAGAGUGGUUUAUUCUGUUGUGUAUCAAAUGCUCGAGAGCAAAUUAAAAUGGACGAGGAAGUGGACAUAUUCCAAACUUCAAGGCAGAUACAGAUCCGCCGGCCACAGGCUCUUCGGAACAUUGAACAGUACCAGUAUUGCUACAAAUUCAUCGGACAAUAUCUGGAAUCAACCAACGUAUACAUCAACUAAUCAUAUAACGAUUAGAAAAUGUGACCAAUCUAAACCUGGUUUGGAAACACAAACGUCUACAUCUUUCGUAUUAAGUCAUCUGACAUUUUUUUCUGGAUUCAAAAGUCUUAUCUACAAUGUAUGUUACCAUGUGUGUAUCCUUACAUUCAGAAAAGUAAUCCUAAGAAAACAAGGAGAGAAAGGAUGAAUGGAUUUUUCUUGCAUCUGCCCCACAACAUCGGCGUUCCGUCUGUGUUAUUUUCGACACUAAAUUUAACUAUAGGUUGUACUAAAGAGUAAGUUUACAUGUAUCUUUUAACGCAGAAAGUCAUCAACAUAAUGUUCUGUAAAUUUUUCCUGAUUCAUCGUGUUCGCUGUAUUUUAUACAUAUGUUUUGAUGUGUAGAUAUGUCGAUGGUACCAAAGAUAAUUUCUAUAUCAUAUAUAAGAGAUUACUACUACAAUCACUUGUAUGAUUAUAAUAAUUAUUAUUAUAUUAUAAUUGAUGUGUUUAAAUUAAAAUGCUUCAGAUUGUAUUUUAUCAUUGAAAACGUUAAUGUACUAUAGGUGUUGGCAAUCGAUAUGAUUAUUUACAUUUAUCAACAAAAUAGGUAAAGAUUGUUUGUUUGUCAUAGCAUCUGAUGAAUCAAUAUAUCGGGUUAUUCUUACAAAGCAUGCUAAGUUUUGAGAUGGGUAUGAUUACAGUUAAACAGUUUUAAUGAAAAAAAUGAAAAGAACUAUUGGUAUGCUAACUUGAAUAAAUAUAUGAAGACCGUUUUCUUCUCUUGACAAAUAUGUCCUCAAAUGAAUUAGGUUUAUACAGAAUAACAGUUUAAAUAAAUUACUUAUUAAAAUAUAACUUACUUCCAUAUGACGUUAACAUAUUUUACUAACAUUAGUUAUGUGAUUCGUGUGGCUUAAAGCUGUUAUAUUAUACAGUGAGUGUAUGGGUGUUAGGGAAAUCGCCUCGAGAAAUAGUUAAUGUCUCUGAGGACAAUAAACGCUCUAUUUCCAGAAAUACCCAUACAAUAACUGUUUUAUUAUACCUACCUUUAAAUCAUUCCAUUUUUUGCAAGACUAUUAAUAAAUGUCUGUUUCAAUGAUCAAAUUUUAUUGUAAUUUAACAAUCAACAAAACAAUUAUUACUAGUUGUGUGUUGGCGCUGCCAGAAACAAUAUUCUCGAAUGCUUCUUCACCCAGAUUAUCUAAUCUUAAAUAGAUGAAGCAAUUUCUGAAAUGUUCCUGUAUCAUUCACUGGAACGAUUUUAGUGAACAAACUAUGUCUGCUUCAUCUUGGUUUUACGUUUUAAAAAGAGUUUUCGGACUUCAUCGUAAUACAAGGAAUGGCGUUAGAGACGAUUCAAACGGAGAUGACAAAUGC